CUACAUCCACAUAACGACUGUAAUGGAUUAUGGUUCACUAUAUGACAGGAUUAGCUCUAAUCAUUAUUGUCCGGAUUGUGAGUCAAACGUUGUGCGAGCUCUAUAUCAUCUUAUUUGUUGCCACAAAUACUGUCCAACUUGUGAAAUUCGCGUGGAAAACGUUCAAGAACACCUCAUCAAUGCCCACCCUCAUUGUUCAGAAUGCUCUAAGCCCGCUGAUAACAUUAUAAUACACCUUGUCGAGUCCCACCGUUACUGUCCAUUGUGUGAUAUUGACAACAUCGGCCAUGUUUCGCAACACCUCACCAAAAGCCACAAGAUUUACCGCCGCAAGGUUAGAGAGAAACUCAAGUGUCAAAGAGGGGGUUGUCCAGAGAAUUCGAUUCCCAUCGGUCACAUUCCCAAACAUUACAAAGAUUACCACGAUGGAGAAACUCCGCCGCCUGACCAGUAUCCGAGCGGAAAGAGACCUCAUAAAUACAACGAUGGCGCUCGAGCUAGAAAAAAGGCCCGCCGAGAAGAUCCCCCACUUGAAGGUGCUUUGGCGGAUAUUGGUAGUACUCUGCCCAUUCAAAACAGUCCGCAAACGCAAAAUGAGCCUUCUCUACCGGAGGCGAAGCAUGGCUGGAACUCCCAACACCUACAGGCCGAGUUGCAGACAUCCGGCGACGGGCGGCGGCGGCGGCGCCGAGCACUGACCGAGCUCGCGGCACAGAGGUGUUGUGAUCAGAUUCGAAGACAACUGUCCGACCUUCCCCAGGGCGGCCACGGUCUGACGAGACUCGAGAAGGAGCUCCCGCAGUACGAGUGCGAAUUUCUACGACGGCUUCCAGGGGACCCAAUCACGUACGAGGAAUAUGCCGCGGUUGAUUGGGAGAGCCAUGCGACGGACACGGAUUUUCGAUACAAGUACGUCGUGUGCUCAAGCGAGGAGGCGCAUAAGAUUCUGCAGGCAGGGACUCCGGCGAUUCCUUUGCUGAUCCCCGGCGAAGACUCGCCAGGCCGGGUACUGACCAGAGACGAAUAUUUGCGAUACCUCUCGACGAAACCCACCAUUGACGUGCACAAGUACGAUACCCGAGUCGAUGAGACGGGGAAAUAUCUACUUCCAGAGAAAAUGAAGUCUGCCGAUGCCAUGCGAGUUUUCCAAAAUCAGGAGGGUUGGCCGGUUAACUUUCUGAAUCUGGACCUGUAUAAGCAGAAUGAGAUUCCUCCCUGUAUCGCCAACAUACCGGCAUUCAGCAUUCUGCGAGACACACGGGAACAGAACCAGAGCGGCAAGCGCAGCCGAAGCCAGCCAUCUGAUCUCUCGUCGUGUGUCGGCUUCCAGAUUUUCGGCAAAACCGGAGUAUUUUCCUUGCCUCACAGGGACCAUCAUGGUGUCAUCACCACGGUAUUAUGCGAAGAAGGUGAAAAGUUGUGGCUGAUCUACCCAGAGCUCACCGAUGAAGAACUGCACACGUGGGCGAUCGGCCUAGACAUAGCGCCGAGGCCAGCUCCAUAUGCCAUUUAUCUCUCCCCAGGAGAUCUCUUGAUUCAACCUCCCGGACGCGUCCACGCGCCUUACUCGAUCACGGACGUCCUGAUGACUGGAACGAUGCACUGGGAUUCUAGAAACAUGGUGAGAGUGUUGCUUCUAUCUCUUUACGAACGGGAUCACCCGAAAAUCACCAACGAAGAGCCGGCGAGAGAGUUUAGCCGCAAGUUAGAGUACAUUCAAUCCUUGUGGGAUGAUGGUGCCAAGGCAUACCCGUGGGGUACCAAAGAGGAGCUUGCCGUAUUUAGCCAACUUCGCAAGGUGUGGGAGACUGGCAAGAGGAAGCUGAAAGGGCUGGCCGUCCCGACUAUGCCACUGAGUAUCUUGGACCGAUAUUUAAAGCUCGGUCUUUGACAGAUUCGGAAGGACAUGCUGAUCGCCGCAGGAUUGCGUUGUCCGUCUUGAUGCAGGCCACAAAGCCUGAUGGCUCCACGUCGUGUCAGGUGCAUUGAAUGUAGACGCUCUUCCCCGACCGAAAUAUUCUGCACCUGAAAAAAGACCGGCAGGGAUCGAGAUUCGAGGGCGGAAGGACACGAAGAGAGAAUCGGCGAGGAGAGACGUGAGGGCGGCGGAUGCGUCGGCGAUGAAGGCUAUGGGAGAGAAAGUGCUAGUGAUCAUGCGUUUGACGGUUAUGAUGGGC